UGCUUCAUUUCUCGCUCUCGUCACUGUCGUUCUCGAGAAUCCAUCAGCCUUACAUUGCGGACGCCAAAAUUCACACGUAUAUGAAUGACUGGAUGUUUCCGAACAAGCACGACCUCGAGCAGUUAUUGUCAGCGGCGGCGGCCCGCGGAAAACUGUCCUGACGGACCGCGGUCUGCACCUGAUCUUAGCGUGACCUCUUGAUAUUUCCCUUGGCUCGAGAACUCGAACGAAUCUGGGCUAUUCGCGUGGUCAUCCGGGGAAACACUGCCUUUGUAGCCUCAGCGGGUUCUCGUGGUCCGAGCUUCCCAGCUCAAUGCCGGUACCAAAAGGUGUAAGAUUUCUGUCUAUUUAGAAUUGCUCUGGCGCAGAAACUUUUAGUGGAGGACCACAUGCACUCGAUGGAUCUGGUUUUAAGCAUGUAACACCGAGAUUCCUUCGAUCUGGGACGAGCGGUUGUGGGACAGGCGACAGUAUAAAUGAGAACGAGCCCGGUAGUUAUCUGGCAGUUUCCACAACUCGAACAUGCUGCUCUCUGUUGCGAACAUCUUUUAUCUCGUCACGGUGGGUGCUGUCGCCGCCACCUCACCCGCGGCAUCCAGGACCGCCACCGCCAAACGCGCGACCUGCACCGUCAAUAGCGUAUCCAGCGCGUCGAAUUUGUCAACCUGCACGAACGUCGUGAUCGAGCCAUUCACUGUUCCUUCGGGAGGCAUCGUGACCAUUGCCGUCGCGCCUGGGGCCUCAAUAACGAUGACCGGUGACAUCACCUUCGCGAAAACGAAUGGCGCGUGCACUCCUACGCGAGCGUGGCAUGGGAGAGCUCACUUUUUCUUAGCAAGCGGCCCUCUGCUCAUCUUCCAAACCGACGGAGUCUUGUUCAAUGGAGGAAACCACAAGUUUAAUGGCAAUGGUGCUCUUUAUUGGGAUGGGCUAGGGACAGGAGGUGGAGUGCCCAAGCCCCACCCUCUCAUCAGGUUCAAAGGCUGGGGAACGUUCCAGAACGUGACUGUUUUCAAUGCGCCCGCCCACGCCAUAUCCAUCAAAACGACGAACACAACUCUCGUUCAAUUCAUAACCGUAGAUGAUGCUGCGGGAGCAACACUAGGGCACAACACAGACGCAUUCGACGUCGGCGCCUCUGAUCUCACCAUUUCCAAAUGCACAGUCGUCAACCAGGACGACUGCGUCGCUGUCAACUCGGGCAGCAAUGUCCUCGUCGAGGACAACAGCUGCACGGGCAGCCACGGCAUCUCCAUCGGCUCAAUCUCCUCAAACAACCACGUGUCGAACUUCAAGGCCGCGCGGAACAUUAUCCAAAACGGGUCAUACGGACUCAGGAUCAAGGUCGAUGCAAAUGCCACCAACGCCAGCGUGUCCAACGUCAUCUAUGAAUCUAACACUGUCUCGGGCAUCAAAGACUUCGGCGUGCUCAUCACCCAGAGCUAUCCCGUCGAGGACGGCACCCCGGGCCCCGGCGGACCGAUCUCGAACGUCUCGUUCGUCGGCGGAACAACGAACGUUGGUGUGACGAGCAAGGGCUUCUCCGUGGUCGUGGACUGUGCCGCGUGUCUCGGCACAUGGGACUUUUCCGGCCUGAACGUCACGGUACCUGGGCUGGGCUCGAAAAUCGCUGCUGAUCAGGCAAAGAUCAUUGGCGGGCACUUUUGAAAGCAAUAGUAUUAGGGAUAUGAUGUCAAUGAAUUUUCUUACAUCUUCCAAUUAAUUUUCCAAGUCGACUCACACGCGGUUAUAGCGCCGCGCGGUCUGUGGAAGAUGCGUUCUCACGCGUCUAUCUUCUGAACGGAAUCGUUGGACUGAUGAAUGAUCAUCUCUUGAGGGACGUCACGGAAGCAUCUCAAGCAUUGGGUUCCUCGAGGCAAGUGGCGCGAUGCUGAUGCGAGCGGAUCCAGUCCCAAAAUUGGUUCAACGUGCGAUCCGUAUGCGGACGAAAUUAGGGUCUUC